GAAUAGCAGCUUGGAUCCGUCUAGAGUAAGAGAGUCACACCACUUCCCUUUGAGAGUUUUUACAAAUGGCAACUAAUAUCUCUCUGCUGGAGGAACACCUGUCUUGUCCCAUUUGCUGUGGCAUAUUCAACAACCCUGUGGUGUUACAGUGCAGCCAUAGCUUCUGCCAUGGGUGUCUGCAAGAGUGCUGGCAGGACAUAGAGAGUGUGACCUGUCCGGUGUGUAGGAAAGAGUGUUCCACUGAGGAGCCCAGAGUGAGCCUUGCCUUGAAGGGACUCUGUGAAUCCAUACAGAGCAAGAGUGAGACGACCAUAGGAUCCCAGGACGUGUCAAGAUCCCAGGACGUGUCAGGAUCCCAGGAUGUCUCCGGAUCUCAGGACAUGUGCCUGCUACAUGAUGAGAAACUCAAAUUGUUCUGUUUUGAGGACAAGCAGCCCAUUUGUGUUGUUUGUCACACAUCCAAAGCACAUAAGGGCCAUGAGUGCUAUCCCAUUGAAGAGGCUGUUUCUGAACUGCAGGAUGAAAUCAAGGUUAUUCUGCUGAAAAGCAAAUGCCUGCUGGAGCCAGCCAAGGUGGAACAUAAAGCCCUGAUGGACCACAUAACGUACCAGGGACAAUGUGGAGAGGAAGCGAUAAGAGCCCAGUUUGUUAAACUACAGGAGUUUCUGGAGGAGGAGAAAGCUGCCAGGAUAGCUGCUCUGAGGAAAGAAGAAACGCAGAAAUAUGAAGUGAUAAGAGAAAGAAAUGACACUUUGACCAAGGAGAUGUCGUCCUAUUUAGAGACUUCUUCAGGAAUCAGUAAGGACAUGGAGAAUGACGAUGUCACCUUUCUGAAGAACUACAAGUCAAUACUAGACAGAGCAAAGAGCACCUCUCAGCACACACCUCAGCAGACUGAUCCAGGCAUGUUGAUUGAUAUGGCCCAACAUAUCGGAUCUCUAAAGUUCAAAAUCUGGACCAAGAUGACAGCACUUCUUGAACACAAUCCAGUCACAAUGGAUCCUAACACACUGUCCAAAAAACUCAUCCUCACUGAUGACCUCACCAGUGUGACAUAUAGUGAGAAGAACCAGGCAUGGCCAGAUGUUCCUGAGCGAAUGUUGGCAGGAGUCUUGGGAUCUGAGGGCUACAAUAAAGGCAGCCACUACUGGUUUGUGGAUGUUGGAGACAGUGACAACUGGACCUUAGGGGUGGUCAAGGAGUCAAUCACACGCAAAAAGUUGUUGAAAAUGGAUCCUGAGAGUGGACUGUGGAGCAUCAGGUUUGUCAGUGGGAAAUACAGGGCAGGUGUGAAAGCACGCUCGGAGAUACAUGUAGCAGAGCGCCCUCGUGUGAUCAGAGUACAGCUGAACUACGACAAAGGGGAGUUGAAGUUUUCAAAUCGGAUAUCCCAAGCAGAAUUAUACACUUUCAACAACAAGUUCACAGGGAAUGUGUACCCAUACUUUAAUACUAGCAGCCUUACAUGUCCACUGAAGCUUCAGAUAUUAGACUUGAGUUUUGGAGGCGUUCAACGUACAUACCUUACGAUAAGGGAAACCUGGAUGGCAGUCGCCAGACUCUCUCUCGCUGAGGUGGAUCUCUCCUGCCCCAUAUGUUGUGACAUCUUUAGGGACCCUGUGGUCCUCAAAUGCAGCCAUAGCUUCUGCGCCUCCUGCCUGCAGCAGUACUGGUCUGGGAAGGGGUCCUGUCGCGACUGCCCCCUCUGCAGGAGGGAGACUGUGGAAGAGCCUGUGGCCAGUCUGACCCUGAAGAACCUGUGUGAGUCCUACAUCCAGGAGAGUGAAGCCCAGGACUCAGCAGGCGAGCUGUACUGUGAACCAGGGGAGCUAUGUGCUCUCCAUGGGGAAAGGCUCAAGCUCUUCUGCUUGCAGGACAAAGCGCCAAUCUGUGUGGUGUGCCACACCUCCAGGAAGCACAAACAACACGAGUGCUGCCCUGUCAACGAGGCUAUCGUCGAAAUGAAGGAGAAGAUCACGUUUGCUCUCACCUCUCUGCAAGAGAAGAGGGAAUCUUUUGACAAAAUGAAGCAAAGCUACGAGAACAUAAUGACACACCUUCAGGCCCAGGCCUACUUUGUGGAGAGGAGAACCCACGAGGAGUUUGAGAAGCUCCAUCAGUUCCUCAAGGCAGAGGAGGAGGCUAGGAUGGCCUCACUGAAGGAGGAGGAGGAGAGCAAGACAGAGAGAAUGAGGCAGAAGAUUGAGGAGGUGAACAAUAACAUAGCCUCUCUCUCUGACACGAUAAGAUCCCUCGAAGCAGAGAUGGCCUUGGAGGACAUCUCCCUCUUGCAUAAAUACAAGAAGACUAUGUCAAGUGCUCAGUGUACACUACAGGAACCAAUUGUGGAUCAGGGAUGCCUCAUAGAUGUGGCCAAGUACCUUGGUUCUCUUAAGUAUAUGGUAUGGGAGAGAAUGCGUGGGAUCAUUAAAUACACACCUGUGACCCUUGACCCCAACACAGCUGCUCCGUGGCUCCUCCUAUCAGAAGACCUCACGAGUGUGAGAGACAGUGAUGACAAACAGAUGCUUCCGGAAAACCCAGAGAGGUUUGACCCUGAUACUGGCGUUCUGGGCCACGAGGGCUUCACCUCAGGAAAACACACCUGGGAUGUAGAGGUUGGGGAGAACAGCGCCUGGGUCCUGGGUGUGGCCAAAGAAUCUGUCCUGAGGAAGGAAAAAGUAUCCUCAGUGCUGAAAAAUGGCUACUUAUCUGUUUACUUUUACCACAAGAUGUAUUUUGCAGGAACCUCCCCCCUAACACGUCUUAACCUGAAGAAGAAGCCUCAGAGAAUCAGGGUGCAGGUGGAUUGUGAGAGGGGGAGAGUGUCUUUCUCUGAUCCGGCAGACAACUCCAACAUCUACACAUUCAAACAUGUCUUUUCUGAAAGGGUCUUCCCCUACUUCUGGGUUGGAUGUAAACAGUGUCCUCUCAGGAUUGAGCCACUAGAGGUCUCUGUAAAAACGAUUGAUUGUAGUUGAGAAUCUCAAUUAAUAAUAUAUUUUUCUUUUGAAGUAUAAUUGAUUUAGUACUUAAAUAAUAUAAGACAGCACUUACACAUAUUCUGAGAUUCUAUUCAAUUAUUAAUUGCAUGUCACUACACUUAAGAUUGUAUUUUUCGAUUGUUAUUUUGUUUUGUUUCAGAUACUAUAAUUGUGACAAUUAGUAACUGUUUGUUGUUGGAGCAAGAAUAAAAGCAUGUCAACUAAA